AUGGCCACCAUCGGUUGGGGGAGCUUCUUGCAGGAUGAGCGGCAGUUAGAGGAGCUGGCACGUCAGGCCGUGGACCGGGCCCUGGCUGAGGGAGUUCUGCUGAGGACAGCACAGGAGCCCAGCUCUUCGGAUGUGGUGAGCUAUGCCCCGUUCACACUCUUCCCCUCACUGGUCCCCAGUGUCCUGUUGGAGCAGGCCUAUGCUGUGCAGAUGGACUUCAACGUGCUUGUGGAUGCCGUCAGCCAGAAUGCUUCCUUCCUGGAGCAAACUCUCUCCAGCACCAUCAAAAGGGAUGAAUUUACUGCUCGUCUCUUUGACAUCUACAAGCAAGUCCUGAAAGAGGGCAUGGCCCAGACUGUGUUCCUGGGCCUGAACCGCUCAGACUACAUGUUCCAGCGCAGCGCAGAUGGCUCCCCAGCCCUGAAACAGAUUGAAAUCAACACCAUCUCUGCCAGCUUUGGGGGCCUGACCUCCCGGACCCCAGCUGUGCACCGACAUGUUCUCAGUGUCCUGAGCAAAACCAAAGAAGCUGCCAAGAUCCUGUCCAACAAUCCCAGCAAGGGACUGGCCCUGGGGAUUGCCAAGGCCUGGGAGCUCUACGGCUCAGCCAAUGCCCUGGUGCUGCUAAUUGCCCAAGAAAAGGAAAGGAACGUGUUUGAUCAGCGUGCCAUAGAGAAUGAGCUGCUGGCCAGGGACAUCCAUGUAAUCCGGCGACGAUUUGAAGAUGUCUCUGAAAAGGGAUCUCUGGACCAAGACCGGAGACUGUUUAUGGACGGCCAAGAAAUUGCUGUGGUUUACUUCCGUGAUGGCUACAUGCCAAGUCACUAUAGUCCACAGAACUGGGAGGCACGCCUGCUGCUGGAAAGGUCGCGUGCUGUCAAGUGCCCGGACAUUGCCACCCAGCUGGCUGGGACUAAGAAAGUGCAACAGGAGCUGAGUAGGAUGGGCGUGCUGGAAGCACUGCUGCCUGACCAGCCUGAGGCUGUGGCUCGCCUUCGUGCCACCUUUGCUGGCCUUUACUCCCUGGACAUGGGUGAAGAAGGGGACAAGGCCAUAGCUGAGGCCCUCGCUGCCCCAAACCGGUUUGUGCUAAAGCCCCAGCGGGAGGGAGGAGGUAACAACCUAUAUGGGGAAGAUCUGGUGCAGGCCCUGGAGCGACUGAAGGACAGUGAAGAGAGGGCAUCCUACAUCCUCAUGGAGAAGAUUGAACCAGAGCCUUUUGGGAAUUGCCUGCUACGGCCCGGCAGCCCUGUCCGAGUGGUCCAGUGCAUCUCAGAGCUGGGCAUCUUUGGGGUCUAUGUCAGGCAAGGACAGACACUCGUGAUGAACAAGCACGUGGGGCAUCUGCUUCGAACCAAAGCUAUUGAGCAUGCAGAUGGUGGCGUAGCAGCAGGAGUAGCAGUUCUGGACAACCCGUACCCUGUGUGAGGGCACAGCCAGGCUGGCUAAGACUUCUCUCAAGAGAGCUUCUAUUUUCUGUCUUUGUCAUUCCUCUCCUAGCCCUCUCCCUGCCUUGGGAAGGCUGGUUUCUGCCACAGAACUGUAGGAUCUCAUGGAAGGAGAACUGCUGGGUGCCUUCUGCAGCUCUCCACCUGAGGACCAGAAGAGCUGUGUUUCCCUCAGAUGAGAUGUCAAGGCCCUUGAAUCCUUGGAAUGUGGGUAGAGCUGAAGGGAAGUAACUCUGAGAUAAAAGUCCAUUAACCCUGCCAGCUUCCUGUCAAGCCUCUCAUCACCCUUUUUUGCCAGGUCCCAGAACCUGCAUGGGAUAGGAACAAGGGUAAAAUGAGAAGAAGCAGAGGGAUAUAACCUUCCCCAUCUCUGCCUUAAAUAAAACGACAUUGCUAGUUC